AUGGAACUUGGUGCCUUGGAACUUUCUCUAAUCUUUGAUGACCUGAAUUUCAAGUCCAUUAGUUUUCUGGUCUCUCUCUUUGAGAGCAAGUCACUUGUAAACCUUAGGAUCCGAAGAGUCUGCCUUACUCAAGGACCCACUUCUCCUCCAGAUUUCACGCUUUAUUACCGUGGUGAUGAAAUACCAGUAUUCAACAAUCUGAUUAGCUUGUCUCUAGGAAGUGAUAAACCUCAUGGCACUCCAUACAUCUUCUGGAAAUUGCUUCCAUCUCUGCUACUCAAGGCACCAAAUCUACAAACCCUAAUCAUCAAGGGUCUAGUGCACUAUGUUAAAAAAGGAUGGGAGGUUGGGUUGAGCCUACGUUUAUCAUUGGAUGAUAUGCCUGAUGCUCUGUCAUCAUCCGAAGUGAAGGUUUUAAAGAUCACUGGGUAUGAAGGAACUGGUGAAGAACUUGCUCAAAUGGAGUGUUUCUUGGGGAAAUUAACGCAUCUUGAAAUGGUUAGGGUUACUCAUAAAGUAGCUGAUGAUGGAGAGAGACUUCGUCUGGUGAAUGAUCUUUUGCAUCUUCCCAGAGCUUCAUCCAAAUGCAAGCUCCAAGUCAUGAAACAAAGUGCUUGA